AUUUUUAAAAUUUAAAAAUUAUUCGAUUCCGUUCGUCGAAUCGCACAGAUUUUGACUUAGGUCAUUAGAUUUGCCUUCUUUUUUUUCAAAAUUAAAUAAUUCGAGAAAAGAAUAUUGAAUUCUAUUUACCGAAGAAUAAACGAAGUCGUUUUACGUCAAAUUAAUAAAAAAUGGGUCAAGCCAUAUCACACUAUUAUCGCCGUAGUACAGUCGCCGACGACAGAAGAGUCGGGUUGGAGUAUACGCGCAUCAAUAAAAUUAUCUUACGAGAAAUUGUCGAUUGGUUAAAUGAAUUUACGAAAAAUUACAAAAGAGAAUCGGAUUUAAAGUUUAAAUCACCUCUGAUAUGGCACACGAAACUAAGAGAAGAAAACUUCUCUCCUAGAGUAAAUCAGACAGACGAUUUUGACAAAUUAACGAAAGAAGAUAUAAAAAUACACAAUUUACCAGGAGGAGGAGGAGGUUUACUUCACAUUUUUUCAUUUAAACAAGCUCAGACAGUUAUUAGAAUCGCGGGUUCUUACGAAGCUACAGAAGAAGUUAGAUGUUGUCUCGAAGAAAAUCCUGAUCCUCUCGUCAACAUUCUUGGUGAUGCAUUUGCUAAUGUCGAAGAAGUAAAUAAAGGGAUCUUCCCUUAUAUAGAUCUAGCUACUGAGCAAGAGGCAAAGAAAAAGGAUCAAAUGGAAUCGGUUAAAAAACAUUUAUAUGAUUCUAAGCUUAAUUCCGAUUCCCUGCAGUUGUUGAUGAUACUUCAACAAUUUGAUACGCAUUUAUUAAAAGUUAUAGUAAAGGAAAUGUCAAGGAAUAUACGUUUAAAUAAAGAAACUCUAGAAAAAGAAUUAAAUUUAUUAGAUGCAUUUAAUACUUAUUCCAAAAGCCAAGCUAUACGAUUUACAAAUUUUGCAAUUGAUACGUAUUUGAUACCCAGCACUGGUAAAUCUGCACCAUUAUGGAGACAAUUACACGGAGAUAUUGCUUAUUUAAUGGUCGAACUUUCUGACGGAUCCUCGCUAUCCGUCACGUACAAUACAAACGGAUGUUUUUUAAAUAAAGGUUUCGACAAAAGCAAGAACGAUCUUAAUUAUGAAAGAGACGGUGAAAUAUUUCCUGAUUUGAUAUCAUUAUUAAAAGCUUACAGUAAACAAUUUUCUAAAGAUUUUAAUAAUAAAAAGGAAUUUAGAGUGUUGGAAAAUACAGGCCAAAUGAUUUCGGAUGAAGGUACAGACUACCAAACGAAACAGAAAUUAAUAAAGGAAAGGAUAACGAAAAAAUCAGAUAAAGAGGAGCAGAAAUUAGCGACCGACAAUCGAUCUUCCUCAGUUUUUUCUAAACAGAGUUUAAGAAACUCAUCGUUUAGCCCAGAACAGAUUAGCAAGAACACCCAACAACCAACUAAAAUAAACAUGCGAGUGUUAAUUUCGUCUUUGCAAUUUUCUACAACAGAUAAAAUACUUAAAUUGAAAAAAGGCAGCGGUAAUUUAAUAAGACAGAAGAAAAAUAGAAAAAAGCUAUCCAUUCCGAAGAAAACAGCUGUAAAGAAAGAGGAAGAUAAUGUUGAAAGUAAAAGCGAAGAGGACGACGACUACGAGGAAGAAGAGGAGGAAGAAAAUAUAGAAGGAAAAAAAGUGAAAGAAGAAACCGAUGCUAAAGUAACGGCUGAAACUAUCAAAAUUUUAAAACUAAUCAAAAGCUUGAAGUUUGGAGAUUGCACAAAUACUGUUUUAUCACUUUGCUUGCUUCAAGAGUGUGAUGUGCACCUUCCAGCUAAUCAAAAAGUCAUAGAAGAUUCCAACUGUAUAACUUUGUUACUUAACUUACUAGAAACAGAUGUUUUACGUUGCCAGAUAGGAGCAUUAAAAGUCCUUCGCGAGAUCGCUUCUAAUCCUGCCAUGAGACAUUCGAUUAUUUGUUUAGGUGGAUUAGAUUCUAUGGUCAAAAUAUUAUCAGAACCCAGUUUAGAAUUGCGUUGCUUAUUGGCUGAAACUAUCGCGAACGUGGUCCAUUGUCACCGUUCUGCAAUAAUAGUCCGAAAAGGAGGAGGAAUACCGUACUUAAUUGAACUAUUAGAUGUCUCCAAUCAAGUAUUAAGAACAGAAAAGCCAAAACCAAUAGACCAACUAGAGUUAGAAGGUGCAAGAUGUGGUGCUUUAGCACUGUGGAAUCUCUGUCGAUCCGGAAAAAAUAAGAGACUCGUUACGAGUUACGGAGUUGUACCUCUGUUAGGCCGUUUAAUUAAAUGUCGGCAUAUCAAUAUUCUCAUUCCAGUUAUUGGAAUGAUACAACAGUGUGCUUCUCAGAAAAGCUUCCAACAGGCAAUUUGCACAGAAGGACUUUUAGACGACAUCCUUAUUCAUCUAAAUAAACCAAAUAUUGAACUUCAAAAACUUUGUGCUUCUGCAAUAUUCAAAUGUGCCGAGGAUGAAGAAUCAAGAGAAUUACUUGGAAAACAAGAUGGAUUAAAACAAUUAGUUAAACUAAUUGCGGAUCCGGAAAACAAAGAUAAGAAAGAAUUAGUUGCAGCCGUAACGGGAGCCAUAUGGAAAUGUGCUCUCAGUAUGAAAAAUGUUGUAAAAUUACAAGAAUUAAGCGUAAUUAACGUCUUAGUCGAUCUUCUUCAGAAUCAACCGGAAGCUGUCUUAAUCAAUGUUGUUGGAGGACUUGGACUCUGUGCCAAAUUACCAGCUAACAGUAAAGAAAUUCAGGAUGCUGGUGGAAUAGAAUUGAUGGUACAGCUUCUAACAAGAACAAAUCAGACACUUCUUGUAAAUGUCACUCAAGCUGUCGGCACUUGUGCUGUCAACGAAGAAGGAAUGAAAGCUAUAGAAGAAUUGGAUGGUGUGCGAUUACUGUGGUCGCAACUUAAUAACAAAAGUCCCGAAGUUCAAAUAAGUGCUGCUUGGGCACUCUGCCCUUGUAUACGUAAUGCAAAAGAUUCUGGACGCAUCGUCAACAGCUUUGUUGGAGGUCUGGAGCAGCUUGUCAGUCUUCUAAACUCUAAUAAUACAAAACUUCUAACAGCAGUAUGUGCUCUGAUUAGCGAAGUGGCUAGAGAUGAACAAAAUUUGGCUGUAAUGACAGAUUAUGGGAUUGUCAAUCUUUUAUCACAACUCUGUCAUAUGUCUGACAUCCACUUGCAGCAACAUUUAGCUGGAGCCAUUGCUGCCUGCUGUUCAUGGAAAGAUAACAGAGUUAAAUUUGGAAGUCAAGGUGUAGUUUCACCAUUAGUUACCUUCCUACAGUCAAAUAUUGAAGACAUUCAAUGUCAAGCAGUUACAGCUCUUUAUCAGUUAUCGUUAGAACCAGCUAACUGCAUAACAAUGCAUAACGACGGAGCAGUUCGUCAUCUCAUCAAAAAGAUAGCUUCGACAAACAGGAAAAUGCAAGAAGAAGCUGCAGACUGUUUAUUCAACAUCCGAGCACUUGCAAUAAAAACAGAAGAGCUUAAAUUAAAAUUCUGAGAAUAACUUCACUGUAGGUAAAACA